CCAAAAAAGUUUGGCCCCAAAUCUCGCCGAUUCUUGCGAGAGUGGGAGGAAUGUCACGGCACAUGCGCACUCGUGCCAUAACAUUCGCUCGCCAUUUUGAAGCGAGUAGAGCGGCCGGAGUCCGUGCGGUUCUGACGGAAAACACGGGGAAACAUGUCGUUCUUCGCGGAUAACUUCUGGGGGGAGAAGAACAAUGGGUUUGAUGUGGUGUACCAUAACAUGAAACAUGGGCAGAUCUCAGUUAAGGAGAUGGUGGAAUAUCUCAGAGAAAGUGCCAGUGUCCAGGAGUUGAACUCCAAAUCAUGGAACAAGCUGGCCAAGCAAGCUGCUAACAGCAGUCAACAAGGGACGUUCUCUCCUGUAUGGCAGAUUGUGCGCUUGAUGAAUGAGAAGAUGGCGACCGUGUACACAGAGCUGGUGCACAGGCUACAGGAGGUGGCCAAGGAACUACAGAAGUACGGGGAGGAACAGAGGAACAAACACAAAUCUGUAAAAGAAGAAGUGCAGCCCACAGCAGACGUGGUGACAAGUUUCCAGAGCACAACUGCUGCUGUUCUCAAGGCAAAAGAAAACUACAACACAAAAUGUCUUGAUUACGAGAGGUUAAAGAGAGAAGGAGCUAGUCCAAAAGAAGUGGAGAAGGCGGAGGCGAAGUUUACAAAAGCAAAGGAAGACUACACACAACUUGUUGAAAAAUAUGAGAACACUAGAGUAGAUUUUACCAAGAAAAUGACAGACUCAAGCAAUCAAUUUCAAGAAAUAGAAGAAAUCCACCUUAGUUAUAUGUUUGACAUCAUCGCUAAAUAUGCCCAGUGUUUUCACCAUGCACACUUCACAAUAAUGCAGAUUGAAGAAGACUUUAAGAGGCAAUCAGAAGAUCUAGGCAUCCAGAAACUCAUUCAGAACUUUGCGGAAAGCAAAGGCACAGGCACAGAAAAGCCAGCUGCAAUAGAGUUUGAGGAGUGUGACCUGUCCUCCCUCCCCCCGGCCAUCUCCAUGGAGUCUGUAGAGAACAAUGGCAAGGAAACACCUGUGGUAGAGAAGGCCGUGGACAAACUCACUAAGAAGAAAGAAAGACUGACCGGCUCCACGCCGAGGUUGUGGGUUUGUCCUUGUGCUCGCUCCGGAUUAUCCAGCAAAAUGGAGAGGGAGAGGGAGAAGCCGAAGAGCAUGGAGAUGGAGUAUCAGGAGAUGCAGAACAUGGAGGACCCGGCGCGCGUGGUCCAGGUGUCCAGGAAAGCCGUAACGUGCGGAUACAUGGCCUGGAGAGCGUAUUUCUAUGAGCGUUUCCUAAAGUCCAAGAAGAAAAAAGACAAGAAGAAGAAGAAGAAAGAUCAGAUAGACAACGUGUCCACUGGUUCUCCAGACAGAGAAGACGGAGAGGUGGUUCCACCAGGUCCUGAUGUGCUAGUUGAUGAAGAGGGUUACAGAAUCAAACCCUCAGAGGAGCCGCAAACUGCAAAGAGAAAGGACAGCUUCUAUUCCAGCAGCGAUGAUGAUUCAGACGAUGAGGGGGUAGGUGGGAAAUUCCGCGUGGAAAUCAAACCUCCCGUCGUGAAGGACAGACACGCGACGGCGGGCGACUCACUGGAAGAGCUCAAAGCAACUGUAGGGGGGUUGACUCUCUCACCCUCCCCAGCAGCUUCUGUGAAGCUGCGUAAGGAAGCCAGUAGACAACAGUUACAGAGGUCCAGAUCAGAGUCCCAGAGCCAGGAAGACGUGUUUACUUACCUCGACAGUAUGAGCACCGCAGGCCUGGGCACAUCCACCUUCAACAGUAACAGUAAACCCAGCAAUGACCUGCUGGGCCUUGACCUCUUCAGUUCACCCCUGGGCACUGCCCCGCCCAUCUCAGCAGCUUCCUUCUCACAGUCACAUUCAGCAUCAGCAUCUCCAGAGCCGUGGGGUUUGCCCUCUCCAUCCUCCGAGCUUCCCCCCGCCCUGCCUGCCAAGCAGCGUCAGCUCACCCCCAGUACCCUGCCUGUACCGCUGUCUGCUACCCCACCCCCUACUGGGGCGGGGGAUGCCAGCAGUGUCCUCCCGGAGCAAGAGAAGAUAUCCAGACCCCCCAUGCCUGGAGCCCAGCCUGUUCUCCCCCUGCCCCCCAAAACUGGCAGGGCUAAACCCAUCCCUGCACCCAGGCAACAGCCCAGUCCAGAUGACAUGAUCCCUGGCCAUGUCAGCCCUCCAAUCCACGUCACCAGUGCAGCUCCUCUGGCCCGAGCUGAGAGCCUCUCGUCCAUCUCGUCUGGAACGUUCAGCACUGCCGGCACGCCGACCGCGGGAACCUCCAGAGGUCCGUCGCCUCUUCCUGCGGGCAGCGGUACGGAGACGGUGAUCCCGGUGGCCGCAGCCUUCAGCGAGACGGUCAACGCUUUCUUCAAGGGAACAGACCAGGAUAAGUGUAUGGUGAAGAUAACAGGUGACCUGAUGAUGUCAUUCCCCCAUGGUAUCAUCAGCGCCCUGACAACCAACCCCACUCUGACCCCGCUGACCUUCAGAAUAAAGAACAGCUCCCGGCUGGAGCAGGUGCUGCCCAAACAAGACUCUCAUUACCCUGUAAAUUAUUUUAAAUGGUAUUUCCACAGAGACCCAACCCAAAGCCAGUUAGAUGCCCAGGCAUACACCUUUAACAUGCCUGCCUUGCUGACGUACCUGAAACAGCAGGCAGAUCAGAACAUCGGGGCCAGCUACUACAACAUCGGCAUCAUGAAGUACCAGAUGAAAACUCCAGCAGGAAUCCAGAACACUCCUCUCACACUGGUCGCAUACUGGAAGUGCGAGCCCCUGUCCACAGAGAUCAGAAUAGACUACGCUUACAAUGAGCCAGCAUUUCCGCUGGCCACAGCACUGACCAAUGUAACCAUCCACCUCCCUGUGGACGGAGGAGUGACCAAUGUCCAGUCUAUCCCCAACGCUACAUGGAAUGCUGAAGCCAAAAGAGCACUGUGGAAGAUUCCAGAGAUAUCCAAAGCAUCAGAAGGGGGAGGCAUCAGCACCCUCCGUGCCAAGUUUGACUUGACUGAGGGACCCAGUAAACCCAUGACCAUGGCAGUCAAGUUCAACAGUGAGGGAACCACGCUGUCGGGACUGGAGCUAGAGCUGGUGGGGGGCGCGUACAGGGCCUCUCUGGUGAAGAAGAGGUUUGCUGCAGGAAAGUACAUGUGUGACAGCCAGUAACACUUCCUAACUGGGAAUCGAGACCAAGAAAGCCAACAGCAACAAAGAGACGUUACAUGUAACAUACAGACCCUGCCAUGUCCUUCCAGAGGUGCAACAUUCAUGUACUCCCUCUAUCACAUUUGUACAGAACUCCAGCCAAGGCCAAACCAUGUCCAUGAAUCAGUUUUCAGAUUAGUUUCUGAAAUAAGAAGCAGAAAACUUUAGGCCUUUUCUUUACCAGACAACAAGAAGUUUCAUUUCAAGUGCUGUUGUGGAGUGUGUGUAUUAUGUACCUUCAUUUACAUUGCAGCUCCCUUCAAAGAUCUACAGGAAAACAUGAUCACCAAAAUUUAUUAUUGGUUUGAUCUCAGGGUUUCUUAGUCGGAUAACCGAGCAUCGACUUUGGUAUGGCCACAUAUGCCUAUUUGGGACAGUGCAAAUUUGUACAUAAUGUCAGUGCGUGUUAGUGGGCAAAGUCUGUGUGGAGCUAUAGCAUAGAAAACGUCCUUGGUAGGCAGUCAUUUAAAAUGUAUUGUAACAAUUGUACAACCUGACUAUAAGGAUAUUUUAGGAGAAGAAACUGUGGAAAUUUUAUAUCUACAGGGCUUGCUUCUCAAAUGUAUUGUGGAGUACAUGCUAAAUUUCCUGGAAUGAUUCCUUUUUGAAGUAGGUUGCAAUCUUUAAGAUAUCUAGUAAAAUUUCUAGGAAAUAUGAUUAUGGAACUUUUAGAUGUUAACUUCAUUUUUCCAGACGGCCAAAUUUUGGGAUACAUUACCUUGCUUUAUUACAUGAUAUGAAGAAAGACGUCAACAGUUUUCACAAUCAUGGAGGUUGUCAUCAAAGAGGGGCAUUUAAUUUGUGCUCACACUGGCAUCUAGACUACUUGUACAUUGUUGUAUCAAGGUGCAUGAAGCAAAAAAAUGGAAAAAUCUUGGUGCAUACUUAACAAUUCAUCUGAUUUCAAGGCCCUUAUUUGUGUUGCUGGGUAUGUUUCCCUUUAGCUCAGCAUUUGACUAAACCAUCAUCAUUGUUACAGUAGUUUAAGAUGUGGAAUCAUUUUUAUAACUUGUACAGAACAGUAGAGCAGUAGAAUUUAGCUAUGCAAUAAUUCUCAAAAUGUUCAUUUGUUAUGAUUUUGUGCCAAUGUAGGAUUCUAGAGAGACCAGAAAGUGUCAGAAGAGUUUUAACAUGAAGCAGACAGAGACAUUAGCUUUGAAGAGAAAAUUUCCUUGUAUUUAGUCAUGGAAAAUCAUGAAUAUUGAAAUGCUUUUCAUAUGUGGCAAGCAAUGGAACCUGCAUGGCAGUUUAACCCCACAAAAAUAUAGCUUAGAAUGAAGAGCUAACAAGCAGUGAAGUUGAAGCAACGAUAUUAAAGUAUGUUUUGUAGAAUGAGCAUAAGAGUAGUUGGAAAAUCCCAUCCUUGAUGCAGAAAGUGUUCUUUUUCUUCUUGAAAGGUCUCUUCACUCACCAGCUACAGGCUUUGUUGUUGGUACAGCUUAACUCAGAACUUAGAAGCUCAACCCAUCUUAGCUACAAAAAUUGCCAUAAACACUACUUCAGAAAAAGGCCAAAACACAGGCUAUUCAUUAAGAACAUCCAUUCCUUUUCUAAGUGCUCAUGUACACCCUGCUUCAAACUAACUGGCUUCUUACUUGUUGACCCAUCUCCACUGCUAGAUCGGUGGUGUGUCAAGCUUAACGUAAACUUUCACAUCUCUGGCUUUCCUGGAUAUAUCCUGUCUUUACCCCAUUGUAAUUAAUUCCUUGUUGAUUAACCAUUGAGUUUAAGUUAAUGAAAUCCUGCUGGCCAGGAGUAUUGUGGGUAGUAAUCUCUACCUCAUGUCGUGGUAUGUUAUACAUUGUAUAUAGUAUACCAAAAUGUAUACCUAAUGUAUGUGUGUAAAGCUACAAAAUCAAGAUAUGUUGUACUCUAAGCUGUGUAAUGAAGUGUAGAUGGUAGAGGAUUUAUCAUGUAUCAGUUUGUUUCAAAGAUUUGGUAUUUCCCGAUGUAGCAGUGUUUAUAUGAAAUAUGAGCUGCAGGUAGCUUGAGGGUAGCCAUUGGUCCUGUCCUUUACGAAGUCAUCUACUGAAGGGCCCCACUGUGAAAUGACGGAAAGUAGUUUGUUUAUAUUAGAAUGUUUCUGUGAUUAUUGUUUAGCCAAUCAAAUGUGUAAAAACAUUUGAUUGGCAGGUCAUCAUCUGUGAAAACCUUGAUUUUUGACUACAUGGACCUGUGGAAGUGGACGUUGUAUGACAAUCUUGGUUGGCAGCAUGUGACUCUAAAAUAAGCAUGGAUGGGGAAGUUCUAGACUUAGACACAACAAAAGAAUUGGACACAUGUAUUCCAGUACUGAAAACACAUGAAAAGGUUUUAACGUCAGAUACAUGUUGUUUACAAAGAUGGACCUAUGUUGUACUUGCCAUGUAGAAAGAGCUACCGCCAUCAUUAUUUUGCACUGUUAUUUCAAUGAGAAAAUUGGGAAUGGAAUGGUGGUCUAUUAAGUAUAUGUGAUAUACAUGUACCUGUACUGGCAUCUCUCAAUUGUUCAGUGACAUAUGAUAACUGGUUAAUGUAUGAUUUGGUUAAUUUUACAAUAUUAGGUUCAGUUUUUUUUUUUCUUUAAAAGAAUUGCAGAUGUGCCAAAUAAUAUGGUGAUGCAGGAAUGCACAGUUCACAAUCAGUUUUUGAAUGUGUUGUAAUUUUUUGGUAACCCUGCAACACUUUGUAAUACUGUUUUUUUUAUCUG